AUGUCCGCCGACAGUCUCGACAUUCGCGCGGCCAAUUAUAUGAUUGCACUGUAUGAGUAUAGACUAGCUUACUUGGCUGGCACCGCUGGGCAGAAUCUGUCGCCCGCGCCGGACGCCGACUUUAGUGUGGAAAUGAUCGGCCAGGCACACCAAAUGGUCGAAAUUAUUAAGGAAGCCUUUCUUCGUCGAAUUUUCGUGAAUUGGAAUGCAGAGGAUUAUGCGGAGGCUAUCCCGGCGGAAAUCUCUGACCGGACAAUGCCGCGCCUUCAUCGCGCCAUGAAGGAAUUCCCGCCCCUCGAACUCGGCGACGGUAUUUUUACACAGCCCGCCACCGUCGUCGAUGCACUGGGGCAUGUUCUGCUUUGGUACCUGCCUGGUAUCAUAACGGCCGAGCAGCAGGCGAGCGUUAUACCUUCCCUGCUUAUGGCUUCGACAACAUGGCGGAAUCACCCGGACAACUUCGCGGCAACCGGACAAUGGCAAAGCCUGGAUCCCGGGUGCAUAUCUUUCUCCCCGGGUUGGUACCAGCAAGGUCACCAGGGCACUACAUAUCCGCCACAGGUGUCCUCAACUUUAUCGGAAGAACAAUCUCCCGGCCGGGAUUGGUUCCGGGCAAUGACAGAGCAGCACGCCCUCAUUGCGGGCAUGCUCCGGAUAAUUCAUCCGGAGUUACAUGCUAUGGGCUAUGCGGCGCUCGCCUCAACUCGGAUUUGUCCCGACAUUGCGGACGUGCUCCCCUUGUGGGGUACUCCAUUCAAUGCCAUGUCCGUUAUCACCAACCGCCGAUCGCCCCUCCACCUUGACCGAAUGUCGGCAAAGGAUUGGUACGAUCUCCUCAUCACGAUUGGUGGGGACAACGACACGGUAUUAGAGCUCCCGACCCUCGGCCUCACCUUACAGUACGCCGGCGGGGAGAGGCUUUGCGUUGUAUACUACCUUAGACCCCAAGUACACAAAUGGGCGAAGGUGAAGAAGACCAGUUGGCUGACAGUCGACUUUUAG